AUGGAGAAUUUUUGCAAAAAGACAAGAAACGGUCGUCCAUGCGGCCCCUAUUACACAGGACCACCAUACGGCUACUCAAACCCUGUGGCCAAGGCGGGCGAUGUACCCCCCUCCUGCACCACCCUCCGGGACAUCGCCAAACGAGUCCUGAGGCCUGGUGGGGGGGCCACCACUGGUCAAGCCGUCUACGCACCAGCUACCAUCAUGGAUGUAAGGCUGCCUUACGUAUACGUGAACCCAGAGGUGACGAGAUACCUGCAGAUCAUCAACGCCUUUGACUGCCAACAAAUCACGUACCAGGGACUGCCCAACAUCUACUGGAACUCCUACUACAGGAGGUUGGACAGCUUCCAGUUCCUGGACAACGGGAACUACACCUGGUCCUACCAGUGCUACUGUGACUUUUGCUACUCCUGCAAAGAAUGCUCCACCAAAAUCGGUUAAUUCACUCGAGAGAGAUUUGAACCUGGGUGCUUGGCGCCUGAUCCGGUUUUGUUUCGUGCUUCCUCUCCUGUCACACAUUUAAUGCGUCGUCCUUCUCUCUCUCUCUCUCUCUCUCUCUCUCUCUCUCUCUCUCUCUCUCUCUCUCCUCCUCCUCCUUCUUCUCCUCUUCGUGUACUACUCUUUAAUGACACGUCUGAUCUUCACUCAGUCAGUACUGUGAGUUUUGUUUUGAAAAGAUGCUGCAAGAUUGAUUAAAAGGUUCCACAAUUGGA